AAACCAAAGAAUUGGAGAAAACAUUAUACAUAUGGCCACGACCUAUUUGGCUGCUGGGUUCAAGCUCGGGAGAGAGAAUGGGAACUGGGAACUGGAAAUGGUGGUGAUUUGAAACUUUUUACUCUGGAAAGACGAUAUAACGUACGCGGUUUGAACAGUUUCGAUCGGAUUGGGUCUUGAUUCUUUAUUUCUUCGGUACAAUAAUACUAAACCAAAGAAUUGGAGACAGGUAAAGAGGACGAGAAGGACCUAAAGAGACAGAUUUAACUGUACACCAACUGUUCGACGAAUUGCCCCAUCGAAGCUUGCUUAUGGAGGAAAAAGACUGGGAAGCUUCCUCUUCGAGCGAAAACGAAGCUGGUGGUUUUCCAAACGAUGAUGACGAAGAGUUUCAUUCUGGUGGUUCAGUGCCCAAGUUACAGUUCAGGAUCUUCCAAAGCUCGUUGGAUUACCGAAUUAGGAAUGGCUGAAGUUGAGGUUAAAAGGGGGAAACUUUGGACAACUACUGGAAUCAUUCGUAGUGGAAAGACAUAUUGCUUCAUUGAAGAGUCUCUGUAUUUGAGUGAAAUAGGAGAGUUGCAGAUCUUAGGUAGUGAAGAUGAUGUUGUGAUCCCAUUGAAGGACUUGUAUGAGAAAGUUGCAGAUGAAAAAAGCGGUUGCUGUUGGGAAAACUACGAGGUUUAUAGAUACUUGAAGGGUCUUGGUUACAUCCUAGGCAGGCAUGGGGUUUCUUGGACGUCUAAGGAUGUUGCAUUUAAGACACCAAGUGGUCAAGAAGAGUCAGUUCCUUCCGGUGAAUGUCCUGAAGACAAGGAUACUGUAGCUAAACUCUUGGGAGAUAUGCAGAUCUGUGAUGCAAGAGCGGUGUAUGACGUGUAUUUGCCGAAUAGCAGAUUCAAGAAGUCUUCUCCUGGUGAACCGAGCUUUGUGGCUUGCUUCUCGGGGGACUCUCCACCAAGCAGAGAAGAUGUGAAAGUCCUGCAAAAGUGUAUAGCUGCACCAUUAAUGUUUUGUCAUAUCGCUCAGGGCCGUGCCAGUUUCUUUUCCUUCAGUUCCAUAGACCUCCCUCUCUUACCAUAAAACGUAACAAAAGACUGAAUGAUCUUGUGUUCUUUCGACAAAGUCAGAAAACAAAGUAACUUUGAUGUUGCGUAUAUCAUGAGGUAUAAUAUGUACGACUCUUAUGUUUUUCUACAAGAGAUGAGAAGAAUUUUGUAAAAGCCUUCAGGAAAAGAAAAUGGAAAGACGAAUGCUUUUUUGAGUGA